AUGGUGCGGUCAGUUCCCCCCAGGUUUGACCGCGUAGCUCUCAAAGCCAGGCGAAAAAAUCUUGCCGUCUGCGCCACCACAGUCGACACCGCUUGCCCCUCCAGCAGCGGAGAGGCGCUGCACGCGGCUGCGCAGCCGGCGCUGCAGUGCUCCAUCUGCGCGCUGCCCGUGCGCGGCGUCGCGUGGGCGUGCGGUGCGUGCGGCCAUGGCGGCCACUGGCAGUGUGUGCGCGCGUGGGUGACAGCGGCUGCGGCGCGCGGGGAGCCCGAGUGGGAGUGCCCAACCGGGUGCGGCUGCCAUUGCGGCAUCGCGAGCCUCGCGCCGCCGACCAGGCAGGCGGCCGUCAUCCCGUACGAUGCCGCUGGCGCGUCGGCGCGAGCCUGCGGCUCGGUGGAGGGCUCCACGCUCGGCGCGGCGGAGGAGCGGGGGUGGGCCAGGUGGCGCGCCCCUCUAAUGGGGGGUGGCGUUCCCACGGGGGCUGCCUUCCCACGAGCCGGCCACAUCUUCCUACCCGGUGGAUCCGCCAUCCUGCGGCCAUCACACGGCUCCAUCACACGGCUCCCUGAGCGAUGA